CCGCAAGUAGCAUAAACUAAUUUCCGCUUGUGUAACCAAACUUCUGAUUAUGACUUUAGGCCUGGGUUUAGUUAUCCAAGAUAUAAAAUGCUUUCAUUUCAGGGAAAUUUACGUUUGUUCAGCAGGACAGCGGUUUGUGUAUAAGUCCAUGGUAAUACAGUACUAAUAAUGAUGAAGCGUUCUGAAGAAAGAUAGGGCGUAUGUAGUAGUACUAGUAGCUAGUAGAAUCGUCAGUAGCAGUAGAACAAACAGAACUAGCCCAGUUUUGUAUCUACACACAGCAGUAUCCCGUAACCUGUAUCGGCUACUCAAUCCUCCCAGCAGAGACGUGGAUCGUGUGCUUCAUAUAAACCAUGUGCAGGACCAAACCAUUUUUAAAGUAUCAAUUUCUCAAGUUGGAUAAUGCAGGAACUUAUGAUGCUUAGUUUUAAAAUUCAAGAUUACAGUAUUCAUUGUCCUGAGAAUUUUUUUUUGGAACAUUGAAUAUUUCAACUAUUGAACAUUUUAAUUCAUGAUAUUUACACGAUUUUUGAAAUAUUCUUGUUUGUGUUACAAAACUUUUUAACACAAGGUUAUUGUUGGGACAUCUGCAAGGAGGCAGUUAAUUUUUUCAAUUUUUAUUUAAUUGACUCAAAAUUCCUUGGCACCAUGAAUGUCAGAACACUGUCUUUGGAAUCAAUUGAUGUCCAGCAGACAUCACCAGUACUGAAGACUGCUGAUGUGAACAUCUGCAAUGUCUUCUGGCGUGCCAGUCUUACUUGCCAUCCAUUCCAGUGUGGAGAUCAACUUGUUCCCUUUGAAGCACUAUGGCCGGAAGAAGAGCGACUAAAGUAUCUGGUGGAAAUGUUCAAGGAACCAGAAAUGCGUGGAUACAUUCCAGAAUGCUGUAAGCUCAUCACAAAAUGUGGACCGACCAGGAUGCUUAAACAACUCAUCAAAAAGAAAAUUGUUGGUGUGGAUAAAACAUUUGAGAAUGGUUCCACAUUGUUGCAUUCCUCUUGCCUUGCUGGAAAUUUUGAUGCCGUUUCGUAUCUCCUCUCUGCCGGUGCAUCGCACAAAAAAAAGGACAAGAACGGUAACACACCUGACCAGGUGUGUUUCUGCACUCAUACCAGAAAGUACCUGCCCAAGACUUACCACACCCCUUCCAAAAUGCCAAAGAAGAAGCAAUGUACAAUGCAAGAUCGCAAAGCCAUAUUUGAACUGGUUCGCUUGCCAAAAAGUGCUGAGGAUUUACUUCUCAAAUUACAGAUGUUAGAUUUUGAUUUGAAUAAUGAAAAAGAUGCCAGGGGAGAAUUGCUUAUACACUAUGUGACACGAGGUGGUUUACCUCAAAUUGGUUUAUUAAUCAGCAUUGUAACGUUGCUUGGUGCUGAUGUAGAGUUGGUGAACAGUAAGGGAAUGAGUCCGCUAUGUCUGGCAGCCAAGCUAGGCCUAGAGGUUGUUACAGAGAUAUUAAUCUGUGUUCUUGGAGCCAACCCUAAUGCUUGUAAUCCAAUUAAUGGCUGGGCACCACUCCACUAUGCUGCCAAGUAUAACCACAUAGACACCAUGAGUUGUCUCCUCAAACGAGGUGCUGAUAUAAGUCUUGAGUGUGGUUUUGGUUACCGUCCUGAUGAUGUCGCAUCUCGCUUAGGCCAUGAUGAAUGCCGAGAUCUUAUUUGUGCCAAAAGGCAACAUAGAAUUGAGGAACUUUCUAGCAUUGCCAAGAAGGGUAACCUACAAGCACAACAACUGCGCCAUUCAGACCUCUUCAAUAUUAAUGAAGAUGGUAACACGCUCAUAAUGUCAGCAGCUAUUGCUAACAGAUCAGACAAUCUGACGAUUCUUCUCAAGAUGAAAGAUAGUCCCAUAGAUGCUCAGCAUAUGAAAACUGGUCAAACAGCUCUCACAUUAGCAGCUAUUAACGGCUGUCAAGAUGCUAUUCAGACGUUGCUCCAUUACAGAGCAAACCCUGUUAUCAAAGAUGUUGAGGGAAUGACACCCCUGCAGUAUGCUUGCAAGCUAAAAUGUGUUGAAAUUGCAGCGGCCCUUGCCUCGGAAACUAGAGGCCUUACAGGUUUACAACAGAUAUCGACAUACUCGUUAAAUGACGAGAUCAAAGAGUUGCUCAGCUUGAUCAGACAGCGCCGACAAACGGAAAUUGUGAAUCCCACAUUAUUUGAGUGCGCCAUCACAGGAGAUGUGAAAAGAUUGUUCUGUACAUUAGAGGAAGGAGACAAUGUGAACCCCAUCACAGGGUCAGGAGACUGGCCAAUGUAUAUGGCCUGUGGGAAUGGUCAUUUGGAAGUGGUCAAGCUGUUGCAUGAGAAUGGUGGGGAUAUAUCUAGUCAGCAUCCAACAACAAAAUCCACAGUUCUUCAUGUAGCAUGUUCACGGGGGUUGGUAGAUAUAGUCAAAUACUUGAUUCAGUUCUGUAGUUAUGAACGUCAAGUACCAUCCAGCCAACGUAUCCAGGCCGUAGACUGUUCGGGUAAAUUGGAUAUUGAUGCUGUAAAUAAUCAGGGUUUAACUGCUUUGCAGAUAGCUGCUUCAAAAGGUUACAGUAAGCUGGUAAAGAAGCUGUUACAGUUGGGAGCCAGCUCUGCCAUCUUGGAUCGUCGUGGGAAACUUUAUACAUGCCGAGAGUUUGAAGGUGUUCAGGUUUUGAUUGAGACACACAGGAGAACUAGAACAGACAGGAUUAUGUUAGCAAUCAAAGUUGAAAAAGAAAUAAAGAUGCUAAAGAAAAUCUGGCAGGGAAAGUUUGAUCAUAAUCUGCGUGAUCGUAGUGGAAAUACACCAUUGAUGGUUGCUUGUCUGUAUGGCAAAAUAGAGGCAUUGAAAUUCCUACUACAGACCAGUAUACAGUUUCUUGAGGAGAAUGCUCAAGAUUUUGAAAGAUCUAUGCGUGUAGAUCAUUUCUCAGACAGCGACUCUGGAACAUUCGUUGACUGCACCCCCGGUGUUCCAGCACGUCGGUAUUCUCAAGACUACACUGGUGGAGAGACAUCAAACACAGAUUACAGUGAUCAAGAAGCACUGGAGAAUAACUUCUUCGAGCAAGGGCCACUCUUCACAAGCACACCGACUGUGUCUCACGAACACAUGCGGGGAAGUUUCUAUAAUAUAUCCGGCCCCUUGUCAAAUAUCCAUGAAGAUGCACCCUCUACAUAUUCUUCCAGGAAGCUAACAAAUCCUCGGAGGCAAAGGAGGAAUAGGACUAGAGAGAAACCCUACAUGUCUGACACAGAGGUUAUAAGGGAACACCUGUUUGACAAUGCACCGCCCUCUAUUGAUCCUUACUAUGACAGAUCAAGGCAAUCACGUGGUUCUGCAUAUUACCCCUCACCUGGGUCGGUCCACUCAAGAGCAGCUUCUACAUACAGCAGAAACUCCUAUAGACAAGGUACUCCCGGACUUGGGCACCAAAUGGGAACUAAUGCUUCUUGCGGCUGGAGCGUAGCUGGAGCAUUCAGAGCACCAGAACGUGGUAGCGUACGAGACUUGAAUGAUAACUUGAGUGAGGUAUAUUUUGGAAUGACACAGAAUGGACCCAGCAUUUAUCAAGGAAGUAUGGUGAACCACUUAUGUGCAAGAAACCCGCAGGAUGGUUCCACGUGUGUCCAUCGUUCUGUCGAAUGUGUCGACCAAAAACGUGGGCUGAAGGCUCUGGAGAUGUUGCUUGACACUGACAAACUUGUGGUGAACAUUCAAAACAGUGCCGGCCUGACGCCAUUACACUUAGCUUGCCAGUUGGACAGGCGAAAAAUUGUCAAGAAAUUGCUGAAACUGCGUUACGUGGACCUGAACCUAAGGACAUUGGAUGGAAGUUUGCCAGAGGAUCUCACUAGUAGUCUGAAGGUACAGAAAAUGAUUUGCAGUACCAGAGAGCAACAGGAAUUUCAGAGGUCUACAUCAACUAUAACAGGGGGUAUAAUGUCACCCCCAAAGGCGGCAAGCACCAUUGCACCCUCGAGUGUGGAUUUUGAUAAGUUACAAGACCUCUAUGAAAAACAUAAAAAUAGAAGUUUCCAUGAUUAAAUGAUAAUGUGUUGCUGUCAGCCCUGGAUGUACUGAUUAUCUAUAAUAAAUGUGGUGAAGACAAGCCAAACCAGUCACUCCUCACAAAUCGUAUAGUGGAGAUAAUGGCCAAAACAUGUUGGAAUGUAAACAUUUUUAAAAUCUAUUGCAAUAAACUACCUUUAUAUAUCUAAUACAUCAUGCUAUGCUGUUAGUUUCCCCAUUUUCUAUGAUAAAACAAAUUUUUUAAACAAUUUGGUGAUGGUUUCUGCCAGAGAAAUGGCCGAAAUCGUUUUGCUAGUAGUGACUGGUUCAACUGGUUGUUUUAUGAAAACAUUUUAAUUGUAUGAAUAAUUUGAGAAACAAGCAUUAUUUGAUGUCUAAGUCAUGCUCCAUUAACUUCAAAAUCAGCCUUCUAAGAAUUCUAAUUAAUUCAGGGCUAUUUUUAGACAUACUUAACAAAUGGCUGUUAACAACUACCUCAUAAAUAUUCAGACUUUUUCUGCAAUAGGAAGUAAUGCAUUGGGUUAUUAAUUACUUCCCAAUUUUAUAGAGACGAUGAUAGCAUUUUGUACAUCUAAUUAACCUGUUUAAUGUUUAUUACCUUUAAAAAAAUAUUGAAGAUAUAUUUUGCUUUGUCAUGACAAUGCUGUACAAUAUCACAGAUAUUUAGAAGGCAUGUGGGUGGAUGGAUUUAUUUGGUGUAACCCACAAAUGUCUGAAGAUGACUAAUUUCCAGUAGGGUGCUUCUGGUGUUGAGUGGGCAGUGCACCAGGAGGCAAUCCCUACUCUUUUUCCGAAUAGUGUACUGCGUUCUUUAACAUGCACAUGGGCCAUAUUGUACACGGGACCAGUGGCUUAAACGUCUCAUCCGAAAGACAGUGCACUAUUGUAACUUGCAUUUCAGCCCUCCAGCUGAAACACAAGGAGAGGCAGCAAUGGGAAUUGAACCAGGGACCAAGAGACCUCCGUGGUGCAGUGACAUAAUGGGAAUAGAUAACUAUAUUGAAUUGAAUUGUUUUUCUUGUUAGGCCCUUUUAGUGUGUCAAUUUUUUAAUUGUAAAUUUGAUGUAAUUCAGCUACUUAUUCAGCUGCCAAUCAAAUAUUGAAUAAGUUGAAAUUGAAAUAGAUGUACAUAAAAUAUAUUGUAAAUUUGUGCAGAAAAUGUAUAGGAUUUUAAAUAAUGAUAGAAUAUUAUUUGUGGCAAUUACUCUUAUAAUUGGCAAAGUUUCUACUGUCUGACUGUUUAUAUAUAUUUACUCUAGUUUCAAUUGAUAUAAUAUAAAACAGACAAUAUGUAUAUGUUGUUGAUGAUUAAUUGUAAAAAAAUACUUAAUUUUAAUAAUACUUAAUGUUGAAUAACAUAUUAAUAUAGGGAAAAUGCUGAAAAUUCUGCAAUUUUUGAGAAAAUUUAUAUCUGUGUCUGCUUUUUCCACCUUCUUGCUUAGUUUCUCAAGCAAUCUAAACUCUUGCUUUUUGACCAAAAUGGCUUGUGUAAAGUCAUGUCAAAGCAAACACACAGUAUAAAUUAAAAAUCAAAGAAUCCCUCCAUAUUAAAUGGAAGAAUCUUGAGCUUAACAAACAAGUUCAAAGUUACGAUAUUACAUGCAUUUGAAUUAGAAUAACGUAACUUUAACAUGCAAACAAACAAGUUAUGACACUACUGUGUAUUCAAACACCUAUUUAGAAUGAAUUAACUUUAAAAUGUAUAGGAUAUAUAAGCAAAGGUAUAUAAAUCUCAGGAUAUUUCUAUUCGGUUUUUUGUUACGUUGAAGAUGUCGUAGUAAAUACGAAGAAACAUGUCUGUUUCUAUUUAAGUAUUUUUGUUGCUCUUAAAUUCGUCUAUAUACUACUUUCUGUUCGAAAGUUUGGCUGUAUUAUACAUGACUUUACACAGACCAGUACGGUCACAUAGCAAGACUUUAGAUUGCUUGAGAAACUCAGCAAGAAGGUGGAAAAAGCGACACAGAUAUGAAUUUUCUCAAAAAUAAUAUUUUAUAUUUAUAAUUGUUUUAACAUAGUUUAUAUUGAAGGUUAUAUAUAUUUAUAAUUUUCUGUAAAAGAUUGUUUUUAUGUCAUGGUAAUAGAGUAUUUAGACAUGUCUUUCAGUGUAUGAUUUUAUCUAUCUUUAAAAGUGUAUAAACCUGGAAAAUGUACUUAUUUUAAUGAUUAUAAAAUAGGCUUACAUAAUGGUCAUGCCAUCCUGGUUAUUUUUAUACAUGGAAUUGUCAAUUACAAAUUUCCUUCCCUUCUUUUGUUUUGGAAAUUUUUUUCCACAAUUAUGUAUUGUUUCUGAUCCCAAAUUGUAAAUUCAUAAUUUUAUUACUAUUAUUUUAAUUAGUUUUAAUUCAUUUCUAAAAUUUCUCAGUGCCAGUUCUUAGCUUUAAUAAAGGCUAUAACAAUGAGGUGAUUAAUUAUAUACUAUUAUUGUAAUA